GGCGCUGCAGAUGGAGCCUGAGCAGAGGGUCCCAGGGCGUCUAAACUGCCAGCAGGCAUCUGUGUCCCUGUAGCUGCAUCCCACCCCAGUCCAUGAAAUCCCCCCAAAGACGAGACUAUUAGUACAAACCAAAACACAACCAGGAGGACAAGAACAUCUGUGACAUCCCUGCCCUGAACGGGAAUUGCUUUCCUGCAGGUGCUGUGUGGUCCCUGCCAGCCCUGGCAUCUCAUGUAGCUCUGUGGGCCUGGAUGUGACCAUUCCAUAGAGUACCUGCCCCAGAUUCUGUAAGGCAACGUGGGGCUGAACAUGAGACAGCUGCCAGUGUAAUCAGUGGAGAUGUAGGAAAUACAGCUGAUGGAGAAGAGAGAGACUGAGCUCUCCCUGUGGCCCAGGGGACAGUUGUUCAGCUGAAUCACUCUGUGAGCUGCCCUGAACACAAUGAGUUCAGCUGCCCUUAAUUUGGGUAUCAGCUGUCAUUUCAGAUGGCCAAAGGAACUUCCCAGCAGCCUCCAAGAGGAUGCCCCCAGAUGUUGGCCUGUCUCUAUGAACUGCUCCAUUGGCAUUUGCAGCUAGGACCACCUCUGGCACCUCAGAUGUCACCAGGUAUUUGCAUCUCCCUCCCAGCCUCCCUCUGCAUUGAUUAGCAUGGGAGCAGAGACAAGGAGCUCACAUGCCGGUGCCUAUUUUGUGCACACCUGAAGCGAGGCAAGAGGAGAGGAAUCCCAGCUCCUGUGGGUUUGUGGCAGUCGUCACAGGAGGGAGCGGAGUCCCCUUCCAGCACCAGGACUGCACAGCCUGAAGGAGAUGCCUCGAUUGACUCAGCUGUACCUGUUCCCUCAGAGGGGUAAAGGGGAUCCCUCCCUGUCCCUGUCCAGGUGUCCUGUCUCAUGGUGGAACAAAGGAAGGUGAUUCUCAUGGCCAACUCUUUUUCUGAUAGAAGAAAGGACAGUGCUGGCAAUAAGUGUCUCUCCCCAGCUGAGGGAGAGAACAGCAGUGAUUUGUUCCAUCUCUUUCCCAGCAGCUUCCCCUGGAGCCCCAGGGACCCCCGGAGGGAGCCCAGAGGGGGCAGAGAAAGUGCUGCCUUGGGCUGGUCCUCUGCUGCUGAGCUGUGCCGGGCUCCUGGGACGGAGGGAGCUCAUGAUCCCCAUGCCCAGAGGGACCAAAUGUCCAACAGCAGCUCCAUCACCCAGUUCCUCCUCCUGGCAUUCGCAGACACACGGGAGCUGCAGCUCUUGCACUUUGGGCUCUUCCUGGGCAUCUACCUGGCUGCCCUCCUGGGCAACGGCCUCAUCAUCACCGCCAUAGCCUGCGACCACCACCUCCACACCCCCAUGUACUUCUUCCUUCUCAACCUCUCCCUCCUCGACCUUGGCUGCAUUUCCAGCAUUCUCCCCAAAGUCAUGGCCAACUCUCUCUGGGACACCAGGGCCAUCUCCUACUUGGGAUGUGCUGCCCAGGCCUUUCUGCUUGUCUUUUUCAUUUCAGCAGAGUGUUUUCUUCUCACCGUCAUGGCCUAUGACCGCUACAUUGCCAUCUGCAAACCCCUGCACUACGGGACCCUCCUGGGCAGCAGAGCUUGUGUCCACACGGCAGCAGCUGCCUGGGGCAGUGGUUGUUUCUAUGCUUUGCUGCACACUGCCAAUACAUUCUCAAUCCCUCUCUGCCAAGGCCAUGCUGUAGACCAGGUCUUCUGUGAAAUCCCCCAGAUCCUCAAGCUCGCCUGCUCAGAUGCCUACCUCAGGGAAUUUCAACUUCUCGUGUUUAGUGCUUUUGUCUUUUGGGGGUGUUUUGUUUUCAUCGUGCUGUCCUAUGUGCAGAUCUUCAGGGCGGUGCUGAGGAUCCCCUCUGAGCAGGGACGGCACAAAGCCUUUUCCACCUGCCUCCCUCACCUGGCCGUGGUCUCCCUGUUUCUCAGCACUGCCACAUUUGCCUACCUGAAGCCCCCUUCCAUCUCAUCCUCAUCCCUGGAUCUGGUGAUAGCAGUUCUGUACUCAGUUGUGCCUCCAGCAGUGAACCCCCUCAUCUACAGUAUGAGGAACCAGGACCUCAAGGAUGCAGUGUGGAAAUGGAUGACGGAAUUUUUCCAGAAGCUGUUGUGUCCAUCUUCUUCAGCAUAUGACUCGUAAUGUAACUUAUUACAGG